AUGAUUAUCAUAAUAUACAUGAAAAAAGAAGACCAAACACUAUAAUUUUAUCUAAUGCUAAACAUAUGGCUAUUUGUAUUUGUAAACAAGUUUUAGAUUAUGCACUAAUACCUAUUAUUUUUAAUAAUUUGUCAGUUCAUAAUCUAUUUACCAAUGAACAAUUAGCUAUUGAUACUUUUGAUCAAAUUGAACUGCUUAUGAUACAUUAUUAUGAUGAUGCAAUUGCUGAAAGAAAAGAAGAACAUUCAAUGAAGGGA